UACCACGUGAGUUUGCUAUGUUGGCUGUUCUGUUUUGUACAACUCCAUUACCAAAAUCCGAAGGUUCUUAUUCGUUCUUAGCGGUGUAUUCAUAUCUUAAAAUCGUGAAAUAAAUUUAUUGAAAAUAGCUGCCUAAGGGCUAAUUCAUUAUGGCAUUUCGUGGAAGACAGUCUUCACAAACUGAUAGAUAUCAACGCAAUUCAAACUACAACAGUGGUAAUAACGAUCGAUCAUCUUCUGGUAAUAUGAGUAGUCGAAGAUUAAAUAGCGAGAAUCCGCCAUCCAAGAAGUUAUAUGUUGCUAAUUUUCCUUACCAUUUUGAAACUGAGGAUCUGGGAAAAAUAUUUUCUAAAUAUGGAGAUCUUACUGAUGUUAACAUUGUCAAGAGUGAUAAUGACAAAAGAUUUGGAUUUGUCACAUUCGCUACACUAGAUGAAUCCAUAGAAGCUAAAUGUGAAUUAAACAAUGCAGCUCCCCUAAGGCUAUUUGUGAAUUAUGCAAAGACGCGUGAAGAGAAUUUUAAAAGUUUUGAAGAAGAUUCCAGAAGAGGUAGAAGUAUGAAUAAUGAUCUGAAGCUACGGCAGCGGUCUCGAAGUUUAGAACCUAAUAGUUUUAGGAUUGCGCAGACAGAUGCAAUGCAUGAUAAUUGUGUAAGAUGUGGUGAUAAAGCUAGUAGUAAGUGUAGUUCUUGCGGAAUAAAGUACUGUUCACCAGCAUGUCAAAAUGAUGAUUGGCCAGACCAUGUAAUGAAAUGUUUGAAAAAACCGGAACUUGUUGUUUUCAAAAAUGCUACAUCAAAUAUGAGUAGCACACAGUGCGAAGACCAACCUAAAUUUAAAAUACAACAGCCUCGUGAAAGAUUUUUGAGCAGAUCUUCAAACGUAUCAAACAAUCGUGAGCCUAGUGUCAAUGAACUUGUCAAGGAAAUUACAACUGAAUUCAAAAAAACUAAUGUGAACAAACCUAAUGGAGGAACGUCAAAUAUAUCUUCACAAAAUAAAACUUUACCAGAUGGAAUUUUAUUUAAUAAAACUUCAGAUAAUUCAGCAAACAUUUCACCUAAACAAAAUACAUACAAUAUAAAUCAGAGAACCAAAUUAUCCCAGAAUAUUGAUCUCAAAGAUUCCUCACAGGGUAGAGUGAUUGGUAUGCCAUCAAGUAAUGAAUCUUUCCACAAAGCAUUGAACGUUCCUGACAAAUUGCAUAAUACAUCAAAAAAUUGUCCCGAGAUUAGUAAAAUUGAGAAAACAGAAAUUAAAGUGAAUAAGAAUGCAGUAGUAAAUCAACAAAACCCUAUGUUUCUUGCACUACAGCAAAUAAAACAAGCUAAGGCACCUGUAAAAAGCCCUUGGGAGUGUACUGAGCAGCUUCUAGAAAAAGAAUUUACAGCAGUAAGUGUUGUGCAUUGUUGGGAUGAUGGUAAAUUUAGUGCAAUUUUGAAGGAAAAAGAAAAUACUUCAAUACAAAUUAUGAACAAGGCAAAUAAUGAAACAUUUUCAUUGGAGCAUCUUACUGAUAUUAAAAUUGGAGGAUUAUGCAUAGUUCAAUACCAAGCAAUAAAAUACCGUGGUAAAAUACUUAGUACUUCACCAUAUAAAGUAAAUUUGUUAGAUUUUGGAUUUGAUGUGACACCAAGUAAAGAAGACUUAUAUCAAGCACCAGAUUAUUUUGCUGAAAUUCCAGCACAGGCAAUAUGUAUGAAGCUUGCAUCUGGUGGACUUUCUAAUUAUGCAGUUGUACUCUUUGAUUAUUUAUCAGUAAAACCUACAGGAGAGGUAUCUGGUAAUGCACAAAUAGUGCAGCUGGAAAAUGAAUCAUAUGAUUCUGGUGCAAGUUCUAAGAAGGAAUUAGAUGUCGCAUUUCAAAAUCAAAACUUUCUAGAGAAUUCGAAUGAAAAGCAAUUAAGUAGCUUUAUUAUAAAUAAUGAAAAUGCUUUAAAUAAAGCAUUCACAGAGAAUAAAUUGGAACCUGUUAUAGAAAGUGCUCCCAUUUGGAAAACAAUGGUUUCUUUACCAAAAACUUUUACUAAAGUUCAUGUAACAUGUAUUGAUGGUCCCGAUAUAUAUGUCACCAUUGCAUCGAAUAUGGAGGAUAUUGUAUUUCCACUAUUAUCCAAUGCUAAUAAUUCUCCAAAAAACACUGUACAAAAUGUAUCUCCUGAAAUGCUCUGUUUGGUCAACUUUGAGGGACUUUUAUACCGAGCAAUGAUUAAAAGUGUAAAUCCUCUAAGAGCAUAUCUAUUGGAUUAUGGCAACGUUUUGGAUCUAAAACCAAGUGAAAUAUAUUCUGCUUCUGAUGUCCAAGGUUCGUCACCUGCACAAGCUAUCCAUGUCAGACUUGCUUCAGGAUCCAGAAUUAUUCCUCAGAUGGACGACGAGCUGUCACUUAGAGCAAUAGACAAAGAUGGUGACAUUUAUGUUGCUGAAGUGGAAGGUGAUGAAUCAAUUCAAGAUAGUGUUCCUCCAAAAAAUAAAAAACAUGCUAUUGAUUACUUGGAAUUGAGAAUGCAGGGAUCAGUUACUAUUAUUGAGCGUCCAUGUUCAAAUAAAUUCUGUUUGAAUUUGAAUGUAAGGGACAUUUUGAGUUUGCAACAAGUGCUUAAAGAAGAUAUACAAAAUUCUGUUCCGACUUUAUCCAUUACAAGACCUAGUGUAGGUGAUCAUGUCAUAGUCAAAACGAUUGACGACUAUCACAGAGCAAAAGUAUUGCACAAUAAGGAAACAGUGUCCUAUGUUAGUUUGAUAGAUGUUGGAAAAGUAGUGUCGAGCAACCAAAUAUUUGGAUUUCCAGAAAAAUUAAAAAAAUAUCCACCUAUGGCAGUGCUAGGUACUCUACAGCCUAUUAAUUGCAAGGCAAUUGAUUUAGAGACAGCUUUAAAAAAGGAUAAAAUAGAAUUCACUGUGAUGUCCAUUGGGAAUGAUAAGGUUGUUGUGGAAUGUAAAGUAAAUGCGGUCACAUUUGCAUUGGAACUUCAAUCAUGGGAACCAUUAACAGAGCAAGUUAAACAUGGACGAAUUUACUUGAAGCCAUUAGAAAAAUGUCAAGUUUUUCUCACACAUUUUAUAGACCAAAAAAAUUUGUUCAUUAGAAAUACGACGCCUGAACUAGAUAGGCAAUAUGAAGAAGAUUUGCAAAAUGUGGCAACAUACAGCAUUCAAGCAAAAACACUUAUAACACUACCAGUAGUAAAUGAAUUGGUGCUUGCAAAAUUUGUGGACGGUGUAUUUUACAAAGCUAUUGUAAAAAAAGUAGAUAGAGAUAAUGUGGAAGUCUUCUAUACAGCAUAUGGAAAUACUGAAAUUGUUAAAUUAAGUGAUUUAAGAGCAAUUUCUGAGAAUUUGAAGAAAGUGAAUUUAUUCAUUCGCAAAGUGGCUUUGGCAGAAGUACCAGAUUUACCUCUGACUCUUCAAGUGACUACUUUAAUCAAUGAUAUUGUCAACAGUAGUCCAGCUUUAGAAUUUACCAUGACGCCAUGCAAAACUGCAAGUGCACAGAAUCAAAUUUAUUUAAUGUAUCCUGAAGGCACCUUUUUAAAUGAAAAGGUUUCUCGUUUAAUUACACCCGUUUGGCACGACAUAAAGGACAUGUCUAAAGCAAAACAAGAAGAUACUCUUCUCAACCAAGAUGUUCUUAUGAAAAAUUUAAUAAAACAGCCUGAGAUACCUGUUGGUGACAAUAUUGAAUUAUUUAUAGUGGAUACCACAAAUAUUGUUCUGAACAUUUUUUUUGCUUGUGUUCCUGAUAAAGAUUGCCUAGUAAACAUGCUGAUUGAGGUUCCAUCUCAAUUGAAAAAUUAUGCAACAUCUAUUGAUAUGCCAUAUAAUCCGAGAAUUGACGAAUUGUGUAUUGCACUAUUUCAAGAAGUAGAUGAGCAAUGCGUUUGGCAUCGGGCAUAUUGCUUAAAACAUGAAGGGGACACUUGUUAUUUAGCGUCAGUUGACAUGGGAAUCAUGCAAUAUGUGGAUAUAAAAAAUAUUCGGCGUAUGAGCACUGAUUUUCUUGAUGUGCCCAGUUUAUCUGCACUGUUCUCCAUACAAGGUUUGCCUGAACCUCCACUGUCGGACGGAGCUGUAAAAAUUUUACAAGAGGCUUUAAAAUCUUGUGAAACAACUGUCAAGUUUGGUAGUGUUCAGAAAGAGGAUGAUGGCAGUUAUUCAGUUCAAUUAGCAACUGAUCUUUUAAAUCGUGUGUUAUCAGCAGCUUGAUUGUGUAUAUUCACAAGGACCACAUGUUGAUAUUGUUAAAUCAUGUUUUAUGUAAUUGACAACAGUGUUUAUGUAAUUACUCUAAUAUCGUAGAUUAAUAAUUCAUAUGGAUUCUAAACUUAUUACAAAUGAAGAUUUAUAAGAUCUGCAAUAAAGAAAAAUUAU